AUGUCGUUGGUCACACAUGAGAUUGAUACGUUUGCAGAUACAAUUAUCAUCCUUAAGAAUCCUUGCAAAAACUUCACCCCGUGGGACGAGACGCUCGUAUCCUCUCAAAUUGAGUUUCCUGAGUCGGAAGAGGAACAUCUCAUACAUGCUCAGACGUUCGAGGAUGAUCGGACGGGCAAGGAGCUGUCAAAGAAGGAGAAGAAAGCCCGAAUGCGCGGUAGAGCCUCCCGCAAUAGCACUGUCUCGAACGUUCCAGAGGGCAAUGGCGAGCACGCCGAGCUUUCCAGUGAAGCAUUAUCUGAAGAGCAAGGACUUGUUCACGAUCGGAAAUUAGCAACAAGAGUCGUUGGUGGAGUAGAGAACCCAAGCGUCGAACUAGCCGAGCCCGCCUCAGGGCCGACCCAGUCGGAAGAUGAUGAGAUUCACUAUCUCGUCUCAUCUCGCCACUUGAUGCUAGCUUCACCAUGGUUUAGGCGCACAUUAACAAGAGAGGAGUUUGUUGAAUCCUUGAGAAAUCCAUCAGACGGACGGUACCACAUCCAAGCCAACGAUUGGGACGAAGAAGCUCUCCUCAUUCUUCUCAACAUUUUCCACGUCCGAACACGCCAAGUUCCGGCUACUGUAAGCUUGGAGAUGCUCGCAAAGAUCGCAGUUCUUGUCGAUUACUACGAGCUUGGAAAUGCAGAGGUGAUCGAGCGUGAUACCAAGGACUGGAUUGCUAAUGUGAGGCGUAAUGCCGCGAUUCCAUCUUCUUAUUGCCGCAACCUUAUGUUGUGGAUCUGCAUCUCUCGAGUUUUCUGCAUGUGCGAAGAAUUUGAGAAAGCGACGGCUGUGGCGAUCAAAGAGAGUAAGGGCUGGAUUCAAACCCUAGAUUUGCCGAUCCACCAGGGGAUUACAUCUAGUAUCGACCGCAUUCGAUGCAAUGCCCUUGAGCACCUUAUCUCUGAAUUGCACCGCUUACUUGGGGUCUAUCGAGACUUCAACUAUUCCUGCUCCCAUAAUCCAUCUUACUCUUUUCAAUGUGGAGCUUUUCUCUUUGGCGCGUUGAUGAGAUAUAUGGAGAGAUGGGGUUGUCUCUUACCCCGGCCAGAGAAUCCUUUUAUGGGAAUCAGCCUCAAUGAAAUAUGCAAUACCAGCGGAAUGGCGAAGAAUACGAAGUGGUGGGUCAAAAGCGACUGUUACGACUACUACAGAAGACACGACCACAAUAGGGCUGAGGUUCACCCGUGCAGUCUAAAUGUCAAGAUUGACGAAGUGGUCCAGGAAGCCAUGGCUAAAGUAAGAGGAUUAAAAUUGCAGGGCUUCAGGGAUAACAGCCAAGUUUCAUUUCAAAGCUAA